UGGGCCUGCUCUGCCCGCGCGUGUUGGCGGUUGGAAAGCACGCGCUAGGUAGCGCGAGCCCGACUGGGGGACCCUGGUCGCUCACUGGGCCCCGCCGUUGCCAUGUCUGACUGGGAAACGGACAGCGACGAGGAGUCCCGCGCCGGGAGCCGGCCGUCAGGCCCUCCGCUGCCGGAGUGGCAGCCGACAAUGGCCCCCUCCUGGGGCCGGAGAAGCCCGGCGCCCGCGGUGGGCGGCAUAGGGCGAAGCGGAGGCGGCGGGCCGUGGGCCGAGGGCCAGAAGGGGCCGGUUCGGAGGGGCGGCGGCUGCAGGAGGCUGGAGGAUUCGCGGCAAGUCCAGCUCCACACACCGCGGGAUCCCUGGCUGUCGGGUCCCCUGGAAUAUCGGCCCCGCGGCCCCCCUAGGGACCGGGGCUCGGGGGUGCCGCUCUGCUUCCACUUGGACAACGCCGUGAUCGGGGCCCUCAUAGUGCAUUUCGUAACAGGUCGGGCUGGAACUAAAAUAAGAGAACUUGAGGAUUCUUCAGGUUCUAAAAUACAGAUUGUAAGGGGAGCCUCUGAAGCUGAAGUAAAGAUUUUUGGCAAUAAUGAUACACAGAACAAAGCCAAAAUGUUGAUAGAUGAUCUUGUUAAGAGAUGUGGCCAAAAUUACCCUGAAGACAGAACUGAGAGAGGUUUCCUUCAACACCAGGACUUUGGCAAGUGUUAUUCCACUGAAAGCUGCCGUGAUCUUGUCAAGUCUGGAAUUGGCUCACAUAAAUCAGUGAUUAAUUGGGCAUCUCUUCGAGAAAAUAAAGCUAAAUAUGAAGCUAUGAAGUGGGCAGAUUUGUCUCCAGUUGAGAAAAACUUCUACAAAGAAUCUCCGGAGGUUUCUUCCAUACCAAAAGAAGAAGUGGAGAAAUGGCGAAAAGAAAAUAAUAAUAUAAUUUGUGAUGACUUGAAAGAAGGUGAGAAGCGCCAUAUUCCCAAUCCUGUUUGUAAAUUUGAAGAUGCAUUUAAAUAUUAUCCUGAUGUUAUGGCAAAUAUCAGAAAAGUGGGCUUUGAGAAGCCUACGCCAAUUCAGUCACAGGCUUGGCCAAUCAUACUUCAAGGAAUUGAUCUCAUUGGUAUUGCACAGACUGGCACUGGGAAGACAUUAGCUUAUUUAAUGCCUGGAUUCAUUCAUUUGGAUUCACAACCAAUCCCAAAAGAUCAGCGGGGUGGGCCAGGUAUGUUGGUCCUUGCUCCCACUCGAGAACUAGCUCUUCAAGUGGAGGCAGAGUGCUCAAAGUAUACAUACAAAAGCAUUAAAAGUAUUUGCAUAUAUGGCGGUGGGGACCGAAAAGGACAGAUAAACGUGGUUACCAAAGGUGUGGAUAUUGUUAUUGCUACUCCUGGUAGACUGAAUGACCUUCAAAUGAACAACUUCAUAAAUCUGAAGAGCAUAACAUAUUUGGUUUUAGAUGAGGCUGAUAGGAUGUUGGAUAUGGGAUUUGAACCUCAGAUAAUGAAGAUCCUACUAGAUGUACGUCCUGACAGACAAACAGUAAUGACUAGUGCUACUUGGCCAGAUGGUGUUCGCCGCCUUGCAAAAUCAUAUUUGAAAGAUCCUAUGAUUGUAUAUGUGGGCACUCUUGAUUUAGCGGCAGUAAAUACAGUAGAGCAGAAGGUUGUUAUUAUCCCAGAAGAAGAAAAGAGAGCUUUCAUGCGCUACUUCAUCGAUACUAUGAAGCCUAAAGAUAAAGUCCUCAUAUUUGUCGGAAAGAAACUUACAGCUGAUGACUUAUCAAGUGAUUUUAGUCUCCAAGGAAUUCCAGUUCAGUCUCUUCAUGGCAACAGAGAACAGUGUGAUCGAGAACAAGCUUUGGAUGACUUUAAGAAAGGAAGAGUGCGAAUACUGAUAGCUACAGAUUUAGCAUCCCGUGGGCUUGAUGUACAAGAUAUUACUCAUGUUUUCAAUUUUGAUUUCCCUCGGAACAUUGAAGAGUAUGUUCAUAGAGUAGGUCGUACUGGACGAGCGGGACGCACAGGGGAGGCAGUAACACUUGUCACUAGGAAUGACUGGAGGAUUGCUUCUGAACUGAUCAACAUUCUGGAAAGAGCAAAUCAAGUAAGUGUAUAUACCUUAGCAGGGAAAGAUGAAUGUACCUUUCAAUUGUUUAAAUGUGACUAAAUCCAUUGUUGAAGUUCUUGUCCAUACAUAAUCCACUCUUGUUAUACAUGUGCUUGUCUUUUGGCCAGCAGAAUCUACUGGUACCGUUUAUUAUACACAUUCAAUGUACCUCUGCCCAGUCCACAGGCUUAAAGUUGAAGUAGGUUCAGCCUCCUCUAAUUUCUUUCUUAUUCCUUGCAACUGUGAAAUGAAACUUUGGCAAUAUCCACAUCUCAAUGCUAUUUUCCUUGUAGAUACUUCUGUGUGUGCAAGGAUUCGGACUGAAGUACAUUGAGGAGUGAUAGAUAUAGUUAUUUUUCUUAUUCAAGGGGAAAUAUUUUCCAGUGGUAUGGACUAAUUCUCUACCAUCUAAAAGUACUCAAACUGUAUUACAAUACACUAAGCACAGCUGGGGUAUUUAAAAAAAAAAACAUCCUUCCAUGGGAAUUCGGUCCUUCUGUGGCUGCUGCUUCUUCAUUACCAAGUAAGACCAUGGAUUCUUCAGCUCC